GAAAACCAGAUGAAAAACCUCAGAGCCCUUAACCCCGUUUUCUUCAGUCCACGACUCUGAUGGAGCUCUGCUUCUCUCCUCAUCGCUCUCUUCACGGCCGACUCCCAGGCCCAAUCCACAAUCGAACCCCCUCAACUCCCAUUUCCUCUCUCCUCCGUCUGCAAUCGCCCAAAACCCUCGCUUCCCUUUAUAAAUCAGGAUUUGGGCGCAGGGAUGUGCGAGCUCUGGCGUCGGAGGAGAGGACGUCGACCGUCGUGUCGGAGCUCGACCGGAGCUCCGAUGACACGGCGGUGAACAAGGGCGAGGACGUAGGAGUUGGUGGUGCGUCGAAGAGUGAACCUGCGGAGUUUUUGAACAAUCUCGAUCUCAAGUUGGACUCUGAUUAUGCUUAUUCCGUCCUCAUAUACGGGACUGGUGCUCUUGUUGCUGUGUGGUUCUCAUCUGCAGUUGUUGGUGCCAUUGAUUCCAUUCCUGUGGUCCCAAAGGCAUUGGAAGUGGUAGGUCUCGCCUACACAAUUUGGUUUAGCUAUCGGUAUCUAAUCUUCAAGAAAAACAGGGAAGAGUUAUUUGCAAAGAUUGAAGAUCUGAAGAAGCAAGUCAUCGGGACAUCUGAUAAUUGAUGUGUGAGAAAGGAAAAUUUGCUCAUUUUUGUUUCCCGCAUAGAAUGUCAAAACUGUUUUAAUAGCUAGUUGAAUUCGAUGAUGAUGAUGAUACAUUUUAGUUUUAUCAUUGAGAAGCAUGUUAUGUAUGAUUUUUAUGGUUUUGCUUGUAUGUUCGGUGAGAUGGUUUUUGGGCUCUCCAUGUGCUCUUGGUCUUGGGCAAUUACUUAUCCCUUUGAGAACAUUCUCUGAAAUCAAUAUAGUGGAUUGUUGGCUCCCCUC